AUGAUCCGUCCGAUUGCUGCCAUUGCUUGCUUGUGCAUCGCCUUUGUCUCUUCGUUCACCUUCGAUGAUGUCCCGCCUGAAUUCAGGGAGCUUCUUCCCGAAGAUGUUAAGCAAUUCGUUAACUCACUCACUCCAGAGGACAAGAAAAUACUAGAGGAGGUCGCAAAGAAGUACGGAGAAGAACACUUGAGUGAUGAAGCGGGCAUAGCUGCAGUGAAGGCGAAAUCGCCUCAGCUCGGCGACAAACUCCAGAAGAUUUACGACGAAAUCCAGCAGAAAAUGAAUGCUCUCAGUCCUGAAGCACGAUCUUUCGCUAUGGAGAUGUACGAUAUCACUCGUAAGCUCCACGCAGAUCACGUCGCUGGCAAAAAACCAAGUAUCGUUGAAAUAACUGAUUUGACCCAGAAAGCUAUCGACAGAUACAAGGCAUUGCCCAAAGCUGCACAGGAUGAUCUCAAGAAACAGUUCCCCACAUUGGUCCACGCCUUCACAAGCAAGAAGUUCCACAAAAUGGUGGCGAGGAUGCUGAUCAACAAUUAG